CUCAGCAAAACGAUGACGAGUCCUCAAUUGCAAUGGGAACUAAAUCGGUCCCUGGACUCCAGCUUAUCUGUCGCUCGAGGUGUGAUACAAGCCUCAACAAGCGACAACGUUCAGACUCUUGCUUUAUUAGCAUGUGAACGAUUCGGAGCAACGCUGGCAAUAUGUCCCGAGACCUGUCGGAAAGUUGAAGCCCAAAUAAUUCUCCUCCAAACGCCAACUUCUGCAGUAGUCAGUUUCCUCAGUGCCGUGAUCGGAUACUCCAAGGAUGACUGUGCUUCGCAACUGGCACGUAGCCUGGCGGGUGUCCAAUUUAUAGCCCUAGCAACGGUCCUGCUCACGAUUGGAAGCUCAUACCAUGGUGGUGAAGCAUUAGCACACAUGCUACGAACAUCUGCGGCAGAUAAGACAUUAUUGCCGCCCGCCCGUCAAUUGAAAGAUCUUUUAGCAAGCAUUGAGCAUAAAUGUGUUCCGCUGAAGUUUCCCGACAUGGUCUCCGGGUGGUCCAAGAUUCUUUUGGAUUUUGCUACAACAACUCCUGAAGAUCGAACAUUCUGGAAAACCAACCAUUUUGUACCAAAUGCUGAAGGCAUAGGAGGACUAGUUGAUGCUUUCCGUCAAUUGAGCAGAGUGGGAAAUGCUGCGUCAAUCACGCUGAAGAUAGCUGGUUGUACAGCUUGGGUCGCAGCCUUUACCCAGUGGUGCCUGGGCGUUGCACCGUCCAUAUAUCUUGACAAUGGAAGAGCUAUCUUUGUGCAGCCAAAGAGCAAUGUCACUAUUAUUGCGAUCAAGGACACCAAAAGUUGUCCAGACCUCGAGAUUAAUUUUAGAAUGCUUAGUAUUGAGGCCUAUGGCCAAUUACUUCUUUGCCAAUGCGACUUGGAUUUCGGGAGUGCACACAGAGCUAUCACCCAUUCGCUUCCAUAUGCGAUGAAACAAAUCGUAUCGAUGCUUCGACUAUCGGUUCUCAAAAGUUUUGAUCGUGCUGUAGAGCUUCGUGAUUGGCAGCAUAAACAAAAACGCGCUAUUUAUGACGAGGUGUCUGAAGAAGCCACUAGGUUCGCAGCUUAUCCGUUUCCAAAGGACGUUACGAUUUCUAACAUUCUGUGCCGCAUGCUCGGCUUGUCUGACUCUCACGUAUCGAAUAAGCUGCCUCCUCUGGAAGAAGGAUUGAUGGUCACUGAUCUGCCACUUGUCAACUUUCAUGUAGAAAGUCUCAGACGGACCUGCCGAUGCAGAACAUGUUCCUCUACAGGCCUAAUGUUUGAAGCAUGCAAAACCGCGCUUUUCAUGGGUCAACUCUCGGAGUUCGCAGCAGAUGUUCUGCUCUUAUCUCUUUUUGAGUCCCCGGAGGCACUCCUUGUUUAUAACGGCAGCCACCGCAGAUCGGAUUUUAUUCAUGCUAUCCGUCUAAUACUCACCACCGGAAAACCAAAUACUGUACCGCUGACAGAAGUUCUCCGGGCAGCUCUGUCUUUGGUUGGGCAUGAGGUUACUGACGACCUGAAUCGCGACGUGUGGGUUCUAUCAUGUUAUAAGGGUCAAGCGACGUACCCAAAGCUCUUCGAAACACGUUGCCUCCAGGAUUCUGGAUAUCUGACUAUUUGUUGGGCCCCUGGCCUCCUGCGUUACGACGGAGAAGUCUACUCGAAAGUUAUUGGAGAUCGAGGUGCUGGCCAGACCCUCGAACGUCUCAGACCGAACGAUAUGGCCACCAAGGCUGUCAAUCUACCAAUAUAUCUAGUCCCAGACCAGCGUUUAGUGUGGCGUAUAGUUCGAGAUGACGGCUUUCUCAGAAUUAACGUCGGAAUCGAACCGACGAGCCACUAA